CGCCGCGCUGGGUGCGCAGCCAUGUUCCGCGGUGGCGGCGCCGUUCGCCUCAGCCAUGUUCCGCGGGCAGCGGGGCCUGCCGCGCCACGCCGGUGGCGGGGAGCCGGGCGGGAUGCGCAGUUCUGUGCAACAUCCAGGCUACUGGCAUCAAGAACAGGAAUGUAGAAGCUGGAAUGAUUCAGAUUCUUUGGUGUUUGAUGAAUAUCAAUGUAGACAUUUAGACCAAUGGCUGGAGAGCUCCACAACACCAGAAUAUUCUAGGCCUCUUUCUAGUUGCACCGACUGGGAAGGUAGAAUUGAAGAAGGCGAAACAAUGAGGACAUCAAAUAAAAAAAUGACAAAUGAUUGUGCUAAUCCAGCUGAAAGGGAAACAGAUGAAGUGGUUCUGAGGAGAAGACAAAAACAGAUCAAUUUUGGAAAGAAUACCCUUGCGUAUGACAGAUACAUUAAAGAAGUUCCCAAGAAUCAGCGAAUACCGGGAGUUCAUCCUAGAACUCCCAACAAAUUUAAGAAGUACAGCCGUAGAUCCUGGGACCAGCAGAUCAGGCUGUGGAAGAUAGCACUGCAUGCCUGGGAUCCUCCUACUGAAGAAACCUGGGAUUUGCAGCCAGUUAGUACAGAACCCUCAGGCAGUUCCCAAGAAUGGUUCUGCAAAGAUCAGGAUAUUUCUGACUCCCUUGUAUUUGAUGAAAAGCAGAAGAGAAAUGAGUGCGAAGAUGAAAGCAGACAGGCUGACUACACACCAGAAAGUUCCUGUUCUCCUGAUUCUUCUCCGGUAUGGAAACGCAGAAAACGAAACAAUUCUGACUCCUCUAUGGUUUCGAAGAGCAAAAACCAUUACAUGCAUAUGUACCACACGCUGGAAAGUCUUACUGAAUCAGGACAUCAGGAGACUUUUUCGAAGUGCUCAGAGUGGGAAGCCUUUGGUGAAAAUGAUGAAGUAAUGACAGUACAACAUGGUAUAGAAAUAAAUGACCCGAUUCCUGCCAGUUGUUCUUCAGGAUGGAACAAUCAGAAACAGAAAAAAACCAACUUCUUUCUGCCUGACAGCAAAAUUUGCCGAGAUACAGACUGCAGGCUGGAGAGGCUUAAACUUUGUAGCAAUUUUUUGGAAGCACGUCAGCCAGAAUGCCCUGAAAGAGGAUGGGGAUGUGCAAGUGGUGAAGAUAGAAUAAUGAGAAAAAAAAUUUAAAUACCAAGGUUUCUUCAGAUCUUUAAGGCUAGAUUAUUUUCUGCAAGCUCUGCCUCAAGUGUAAAACUUUGGAUUUCCUUAAGCCUGUGCUACAAUGAUGAUGGAUGUUCCUUAAAGCUUUUAUAAGAAUGUUUCUGCUUUACCUGCAUUGGUGGCAUGCUACUUCAGUUGAUGGAUCCUGCUGUUGCCGUUGGGAGAUCAUGCCACUUAGAGUGCACCAAUGUUAUGCUGGUGAAUUGGUCCAAUAUUGAGUCAGACUGAAGAAUGCUGCCCCUUAAACCAAGGAGUUAAAACCUGUUUCCUCUCCUGGACCAGAAUUGUACAUCCAACCUGAAGAACUGCUUCAAAAGAGUGUAGAUAAUUCCAGCCUUUCUCCAGUCGUUAAACUGUUCGUAGCUUUGAAAUUGCGUGAUCAUCCAUUUGGCUUAUUUACCAUUCUCUAAGAUGUCUUAAGGUAGUAUUUGCCUAAGCCUAGUGAGAGAAGAGAAAGGAAAGGUAGAUGGUUUAUCAAAAUCAGCUCCCAGUCUUAAAGGGGAUGAGUGACUGAACAGCAACACAACCUAAAUACCUGGAUUUUACUUUUAUGUAUGUUGCAGCCUGACCCAAAGAGCCAAUCUACUUAUGAGAGUAUAAGAGGAUGAGUUCAGUGCCUGCCGUUCCUACAGGAAUUAGAGGUGAGCAGCAGCGUUUGCAGUUUUGGAGCUGUUCUUUGGCAUAGCGUAUCCAGGCUAAGGGUUGUGAUGGUGUUGAGAUAAGCUCUCCUUUGUUUUACUCUCUACACUAUGCUCAGAAGAUCAGAGUGAGGGCUGUGGCUACAAUGGAGUUUAGACCAGAUUCAUGUGUCAGUUACAAGAAUUUUUUACAGUCCUUGUGGCAUUUUAUGUAGCAUGUACUGGGAUCCAAAUGCCUGUUAGAGCUGGGAAUUGCCUCUCUCUGGGAGUUCAGUUUGGCUUUUUGCAAGGCCACUGCAGAACUGUGGUGGUGUAGGGAUGACACGCAGUAGCAUUGCUGUGGGGCUGGCAGUGUACCCAAGGGCCAAAAGCCUGUUGUGCUACUGAAGUGGAAGUAAGCUGCUUCCCCAGAAACUACUCCCAGUCCCUUCUAAAACUAUUUUUUUCUGAGCAUGCUCAGGCAUGGGGUUCAGUAGUGUCCCAACAUAAGGGUGGCUCAGUCACGCACCAUAGAGCAUGGAGUGUGUGUAUACAAGAAACACAUCUGUACAGCACUUUUUAAAGUAAUAUUUAGUACCUUGUUCCAGUGUGCAUGCUUCCAUGAGAUUUAUGAUGAUUGUAAAUAAAGGAAUGCAUUACAUUUUUGGCAUUUUGUCUUUAUGCAGAAGAAUUAAAGUCUUUAACUUUAAAAAUC